AAGUUUUUUACACUCCCACUGUAAGAUGUUGCCACGUGUUUUGUCCUACCAAACCAUUUAUUUUUCUGAAAAUUUUUGUAAACCGGACGGCUUUUACAAAACCACCGGUUCACAUGGUUUGUCAUUCACAUACCACGUCUCGAUUAAAUAACAUGGUUUUCGUACAUUAUAAAAAAUUGUACCCAGUUGUAAUUCGACACAUCUGCUUUGUUGAUUUAACGUAACAAUGGGUAGUCUUAGUUACUUUUCUUUCAUCCAAUUUUGUUUUUAUGUUAUAUAUUAACUAUAAUCUUUUAUUAUUUCAAAGAAAAAUUGAAUUACUUAAUAAAAAUAAAGAAUUCAAAAAUCUCAUAAUGCAAUUUCGAAACUGAAGAAGAAAUCCCUUGCCCCAACUCACUCAUCUCUUCCGGCGAGACACCUCCGCCCCAAGCCAUCCUUCCGGCGGAUGACCACCAAAAUCAGCCGCAUAACAUAUCCCCAACCCCCCAACCGUAACCCAGCGCCCUUCCUCCCAACAAAUUAGCCGCAUCCCAUUCCCUCCCCCAAACAGACCAGCCGCAAUCACCUUCCCCCACCUCUAAAUAAAUCAGCCGACGUCCUCCCCCCUCCGGUGGGGCCCCAGGAGGUCACACCCUGUGUCAGCCCCAACCCGUCCCACCGCCCAGCACUAGCAGCUGCUACUUCUUCCCUUCCGGUGGUCCUGUCCCCGGAACAGCGCCCCAGAGGCCGCCCAAAGUCGACCUCCCUCCCUGCAACAAGCCAACGAGUGACGAAGCCCUCCCUCCACGGAAAAUCGAUAAUGAGUAGUGACACCAAAUCUGAGCCAGAUGAAGGGGGGAGUUCAGUGUCGGCGACGUCGGAAUCAGAGAAGGAACUUGUGGAGCCGCUUCCUCCGCCUAGGUUUGCAUGGACAAGGCCUCUACUCCAGUCGUACAGAGGAGGAGGUAUUAACCUUUACGUACGAUCAGAGAUUCUAAAUCAGAUACGUCACACAUUGCUUACGAUCGGGGGUGAUGAAAAGGCUGUUGACAAGUUUCGAGUUUCACCAUUGGGUCGUUUCAUUGAUUUGAGGAGGUCCGGGAGUGCAAACAAUGCGCUACAUUAUUUGUUGGCGCAUGAGUUGACUGACCCCAGCUUCCCGGAUCAUGAGAAGUGGUUCCACGUCGGUGGAAAGGACAUUCGAUUUUCAAUGCAAGAGUAUGCUCUUGUGACUGGAUUGGUAUUUGGGGGGGGAGACUGGCUUCAAUCCAAAUCUUCCUCAUGUGAUUCCACAGGAUGGCAUUUUCUAUAGACAUUUUGGGGGUCGUCGUACCACGGUUCACAAGCUGCGUGAUGCAUUCUGUAGUUUUCAGAUGGGCAGAAACAUUGAUGACUACCUCAAGGCAGCUCAAUUAUUGAUGUUCUAUCAGAUGGUGUUGUGUCGUGAUGAUAUUCCCAUCGAACGAUGGGUGUGGGCGUUAGUCGAGGACAUAGAGGAGUGGAACGAUUUUCCAUGGGGCGCUUAUUCAUUCCAGGUCUUGUGCCACUACAUCAGUCUCCUCCCAAAGAAGCCAGAGCAUAUAGCCAACAAGAAGAAGACUUACCAUUUCUUUGGACCAGUAUGGGCUUUGCAGAUUUGGGCAUACGAGGCUAUUCCAUAUUUGGGGCACUUGUGCGGGAUCCGAGAUAGAGAGGUUAAGUAUCCUCGAUGCUUGAGGUGGACCACUACAUCCUCUGCUGCUGAUUAUCAGCAUUUCUUCGAAUAUGAUCUCAAGGUGAAUGCUACUUUGGAACCUGAUGAGUGGGAGACAAAUGAGUUGUAUUUUCUUAGUCUGGAUACCCAAAAUCCGUUAUAUGUGCGGUAUGUGCCUUCUCAGCGCCACGCUUUUAAGAAGGGGCCUAUUGUUGAUCGAAUGGCGAAGACAGCCGACAAAAUGAAGUGUCGUGACACUUCCAAGGUUCAAGAAUCGAGACAUCACACUAAGCAUACACGAUCUUCACAGCAGCCAAUCGUUGAGUCGGUUCGUCGUCAGACCACCAGAGCUGCAUCAAAACGACGACGAAAGACGUCUCCAUAUAAUGAGCAACGACGAAGUGAGUCUGCGCAGGAGGAGCCAAAGCCUCAGUUUAUUUGUUGUCAGCACGGACUUCCCUGCAAACACUCACGUGAGGAUGAGGAUAUUUUAUUAUCACGGUUGGGACAGAGAGUAGUUCAACAUUUACUGAUGGACGAUUCUGAGACCGGGUGGAUAGCUCGUCUUGCUCAGAGAGUGGCUGAGCACACCAGGCACUUCGUUGCCCCUAGAAGAUCGAGCCCUCCUCCAGUACAUGACCAACACGUGGAUGAUGCUUCUCAUAUAUCAGAUCAUGACCAGCAAGAUCCCAUUCAGGUUCGUCGCUCCAGUACUCCACAGUCUGCUCAUGUCAGCCAUAGACGACCUAGGGCAUCUCCAGUGCGUGAUCUCAAUCAGCCUCGCUUAUCUGUUUCUCAUCAUUCUGCUCGAGGUAGCCUACCUAAUAAUUCUGUUUCCCAACGCUCUGCUGAAGGUAGCCACAUGCGUGAUGCGACUUUAUUGCAAGUGGAUACUGCCGAGUCCCACUGUGGACGAGGUCUACCUUAGCAAGUAUCGCUAUCGCAUUGCACGUAGAUUAUUUUCUCUAGGAGUAGCUCGUUGAUUUGCGAUUGUUUUUUUAACUAUUUUUGUGCAUUUCUCAAACUUUAUGGUAAUCAGUCUAUUAUUUAGUUAUUAUUA